CGCUCACUCUAAACACGCAGCGAGGAAGGCGGGUGAAAGUAAAUAAAGAAACAAAAAAACACCCGUAAGAGGAAAGUCGCGGCUGCCUCGUUACGGCAAUAGACAUUGAGAACCUGUCUUUCGACCAGAAAAGUAUUUGCUGAGCGCCGGCUUUUUUGUUCUUCUUUUUUGCAUCGAUAUUGCGUUAUUUCGACUUCGCAAUUCUUUUUGGCAGCGUGAUUUGACAAUUAAAGACAAAGAGUUAAUUGUGAAGGGAAAAAAAAUUAUCGAUUUAAUGUGACAGAUGCUUAUACGAAGAAAAAGGAUCGCAAGUGAUGGAAAUUACUCCGGGAUUCACGACUUUUAAAUUUUUAUCUGACAUCCGAAAGUAAUAGAUUAUUGUAGUGCUUCCCUGAAUUAUAUUUGCCUUUUGGAUCUGUCUACCACUUUAUUGUAUAUACUCUAAAACAUGGAAACAGUGUUUUUGACUUUUGGAAAUCAGUGCUUGAUUUGUUUGUAAAUUACAUAUCUUAAUUGCGACAUGGAUGACGCCGAUAGUGCAGAAACUGUGAGCAGCAGUCGUGCAGGGUCAGCCAACAGCGGCAGGGGAUCUUCAUCCCCUCCACUGAAUAGUCAUCACCUGUACAGUAACAAUAUUUCAGGCAAUAACCCUUCACCGACCUCACUGCAUUCUCCACUCGUGUCGAAGCCUCGACUGUCCUUCAGUAUCUCACGGUUAUUGGGAGACGAGAAAAAGAGGAACAGUCUCAUACCAUCUCCCGUAUCGGAAGGGUACGAAGAUGGGACAGAUGAGCAGGGACAUGGGCCAAAUCAACACCAGCAAAUGUCUCCAAUGGAAGCUAUGUCUGCCGUUGCUAAUUCUUGCGCCGCAGCAGUGGCCAACGGUCUGCCGCCGUCUUUACUGGCUGAGAUGAAGGCAUCCGUUCCCGGGAUGAUAACCGCCUUCGACACUCUGCAUAGGGCACCCAAUGGCUCUGUCAUACGAGUGCCUGCUCAUAGGCCGGCACCUAUGCCAUAUGCGACGACGGCUGGUUUCCCAUGGAUGGGCCCUGCAGGGCCCACUCUAGUGAAAGACAGAUUACAUGUGCCUUUUUCUCUUCCUGCAGGUCUUCCCCCCGUCGCCCCGAGGAGGAUCGGGCACCCCUACCAAAACAGAACUCCCCCCAAAAGAAAAAAACCCCGGACUUCUUUCACACGCAUGCAAAUCUGUGAACUCGAGAAACGAUUCCACAAACAAAAGUACCUCGCCUCUGCCGAACGAGCCGCACUCGCCAAACAACUGAAGAUGACGGACGCACAAGUCAAAACUUGGUUCCAGAAUAGAAGGACAAAGUGGAGACGGCAAACAGCGGAGGAACGUGAAGCCGAGCGGCAGGCUGCCAAUCGCCUGAUGAUGUCUCUGCAUGCUGAAGUGGUGUCCAAGUCCAUGUAUGAGCCUACCAGAGACCCUCUAUGCUUGAGUAACGCGUCCCUGCACGCACUACAAAAUCUUCAGCCAUGGUCGGCUGACAGCUCUGCGGCGGCUCAUGCGGCGGCGGCCGCGGCUUCUCACCACCACCAGUCUACGGAUCGGCCCCCGUACCUUCAGCCGCCAACCUCCCUCACGGCGCCCAUUUGCUGAGGCCAGUCAUUGGAUAGUGCACCGGACCAAGCUCAUCGAUUGAGUGCAUCUCUGGUAAUUUGCUACUUGGUAAGACGCAUCCAACGAAGCAACUGCAGUGGAAACCAGCUGUGAUGGGAAAGGCUGCACGAGCAGUUCUGACCAGAAAUAAAUGAGUGCCAAACCUUGAAUGCUAUUCCAAACACAUUCGACGCGCGCAAGUGUAGAGUUUCAUUAGUUUAAAGUUUGUUUAACUUCCAUUUUCUUUUUUAACUUUCUUGAGACCUUUCCAUGUCCAUCCUUUGUUAUUCACAAAUCCUUUGUUUUAUUGCCUUGAAAUUCUGAUAUUUACUAAAGAUCAGUUUUUCAUUUUAAGAUCUUUCAAUGCUACGGUUUCAUGACCAUUGACAUACCACAUUUAUUGAAACUCAGUUUCAUUAAUUCAGGAGCAGAAUAAUGUACACUAAUAUUUUGUAAUUUUUUAUA